GAGAGCGGUUCAUCGUCACCUUCUCUUCGAUUCUCUCUAUCGGCCAUUUCGGCAGAAUUAUGAUACACCGAGGUGGUUGCGGAAAUGACAAACCGUCGAACCAUCGCCAAACUUCAUGAACGUGACGGCGUUCACGGAACUCAGCCCCUGGGUUCGAUCCACGCGUGCACCACGCAGAUGGCUCUGGUUAAUUUGACUCGGUCUUUUCUCGGCGGGUUGCAACCGAGGAGCUGUACGUGUCUGAACGCCAUCAUCACACUUCGCUGACUGCAGUUCGCUAUUUAGUGACCAAGUCACACAUGUCAUCGGCCGGCUACCUAACCGCAGUGCGAAACGGCUGGUUCAGAUGAUGACAUCGACUCUUGUCGUCAAAAGUGUUGUUGGCGGUGCAGCUUUGAGCUCUGCGCUUACUGCGGAUCGGAUUGUUACCACAGUCGCGCCUUACGUCUCUUCUUAAGAUGAUGUUUCGGCGCACGACGACGCGAACACUCUGCUCGGACGCGCACCGAGCACCCGUUUACCCGCAAAGCGGCCACGAUUAGUCACAGGGAUUUCUCUUGUGUCCCACGGCAUUUGGCACUCACGCUUGUUGGUAGGCGCUUGUUGACCGUCCUGUCGGUUCGGUCCCGGCGUCUUAGUUGCUUUGGCUUACGCCGUCAAUCGACUCUAUUUCGUCAGUCCAGCCCACUCCUGGCUUACGUCUCUGCAGACAACUCUCUAAG